GCGAUAAUAUUGUACAGUGAUAUAUACCAUUGUAUUAAGCGUUCGAGUCAUUCGAGUGACUGCGCGGAAAUUUAAAUCUCUCCCAAAAAUGGCAGACGAUUUAGCGGCAAGUUUGGAGAUUUUGAGCGUUGAAACACUUUGUCGCUUGUCUCCUUCAACGUGUGGUAACAUAAUAAACUUCACUUUGAACGAUGGGAAACUCCUGAGUGUCAUUUUUACUGGCAGCCAUCUUAUACACGUUUUGAAAGAUAAAAAAAUACAAGCUAUAUUGAAUCUUGGAAGUUGCGUGGUGAAAGUUUUGGAUUAUUUGAAUGAAAAAGAUGAGCUAUUGGUCAUCACAAAAGAUGGAAAAUUGAGAGCAAUAUCAUUGCUGCAAAUGGUUGAACAGAAAAACGUAAAAUCCAUUGCUGACGUGAGCAAGGAUAUUUUCGAGGAAUUGUUCGACGAGACCCCAAUAGAACGCGAACCCACCACUGAGAAGUCUAGUACUUUAUACGACAAUAUCCACAUGCGGGGAGAUGAUGAUGAUGAUGUCAUUUAUUGGGAGUCAGAUCUAAGAAAUGUUGCCUAUACCUAUCAUUACUUGAUAACCUGUUCCUGGAAUCAAUCAAACACCAGAGUAGCGAUGUACGAAUUGAAUGACACGAAGUCGUCUGGGAGCAGAGAAGUUUGCGCAAAGUGUCUACGUCACAUCCGCUUGGCAAGUGACGAUCACUGUUCCACGAGGAACACCGUCUCUUGUUUGAAACAUGUCUGUCACUCACCGAAACAUGGACGGAAUGUACUUGACUUUUCAAUAUUUCACGCUUUAUUUGCCGACGAAUCAGAAAGCAACUUUUCAGUGCUGUUGGUCGGUCUACAGAAUGGAAAGUUGGGCUAUACGUACGUGGAGAAAGAUUAUUCCGACCAAAUAAAUACGAGUCUAAAAAUGCUGCAUCAUCUUGAGCAAAAAGUGUUAGCUGUAUUUCUGGUCCGUCUUGGAGGUGUAAUCCCUGACACUUCGCCAGUUGCCAAUGCCAUUUGUAUUCUCGGAUCUUUGGGGAAACUGGUUUUGUUAUUCCGAAAUGUUUCCGACGCAUCCACAAGUCUUAUUACAUUUCGCGAGUAUUAUCUCCCGGGGCCUAUAAUGUGUGCGACUAUGAAUAAAAGCAAAAAUACUAUGUUUUAUUCCACGCGUGAAAAAAUCUGUAAAUUUCGACUGGAUUGUAUUUUUCAAUCUGGAGAAGAUUGCUCUCCUCAUUCCGUCAUGACACCGAAAGUCUUCGAUAUCCCUAAAGUAUAUGCCUUAUCAAUUGACGAUGAUGACUCAUUGACAUGUUUAACCACGAACGGACGGGUACUCCUGGUUGCGUUAUCGUCGGCCCGUCAUGUUGAACAACCUCCUACGAACGGGAAAGUGAUCAAAACAUGCUUGGAGGAUCUACACGCGAAAUCCGCGAAGCUCGAUAAGGUUCUCGAGGAAAAUCGAUUGCUUGACGAACUCAUCCGAGAGUUGAACACAGUCACGCAUAUUUUGUUUGACGUCCUGAGAAAUCGUAAAUCGGGUGUAUCUAAUUGUGAUGGGGGCUUAACAGCCACCGAGACUGGAAUAUCAUUCAAAGUUGAUGUCGCUUACGAAGUACAAGGAUCUAGCUUGAACCCAAAAGUCGUUUUACGAUGUCGCCUAACAAGCUCAUCAAGAUUUCCAUUUUCUUUGCACUGGUCGUGGAUUGUUAAAACUCACAUCUUAGAGCCUUGGUACAACGAAGACGGUUGUACUCGCUCAACAAGAAGUUAUUCUGUGUGUCUAAGUCCGUCAUCCGUUCAUCACAUCUCUAUAACGUUGGACGAAACUUUCUCUUAUCGAACUCCGAUAGUUUUAUCAAAUUAUUUGUGUUGUUUUGUGGGAGACUUGAUUCCUUCGCUUCUCAAAGAAAAACAGCCGAAACUUGGCGAGCAAGGCUUUAGCGUAUUUAUCUGUGCCAAAGAACUUGAUAUUCUCAGCUUUCUACGCAGGUACGAGCCCAUCUUAGCUGGAUUCCCUCGAUGGGAAAGUCCAGCUUGUUUGCUACAGAAAACUUUAAAUGAUUUCAAUGGUUUACCGCCUUCUGACCUCAAUGAGCAAGAAGAUACUUCAAAAUUUCAUUCUUUUUGCAUUCGCCUUUCGAAGAAAGCUGUUGAUUUCAUUUGCGAUAUUCAUCACCCCUCGUCGGACGUCGCCACCUUCGAAGAACAGACUUCAAGUGGAAAAUCAAAUUUUCCCGCGAUAAACAGUGACGUCAUUCCUCCGGAAGCAAUUGUACUUCACUACAUUCUUCACGGGUCAUCGGCAAAUCUAUUUAGCCACGAUGUAAGAUCUGUCGAUGGUCACGUGGUUGCUAGGACGCCUCACGAAGAAGUGAUAAAGUUUCAAGUGAUCAGGAGGACACAGGACAUGGUAAACUUUGAAAUACGAGUACAGGCAGCAUCUCGGGAGCUUGCUUGUUCUGUCCACUCUGCAUUGUUAAAAGCGUGGAAGCCUGUGUUACGAAGAACAAUUCACGAUUCCGAUGCAAAUACAGAUGUUCCUGUCGGUGAUAUGCAAAAGCUAUUGGUGAAACUGAAAGAAAUUCAAACAAAGAUGCAUCAGUUGAGGCCUUCACGUCAAGACCAAGAACCUCUGCUACACAACAGGAGCUCAGACCCAUUUCUACAAAAGCUGAUAAGUAUUUAUUCCGAACUUCAACAAAUCCCCAUGGUUAUUCCAUAA